GUGUUUUCCGGAUUGCUUCCUGUACUGAUUAAAGAAACGUUAAAAGGUUGAAAGAGUAAGGAAACAGAAAGAUUAUUGGUCAAAUCUCCCUUUUUUAAUACACGUAGGGCAUUAUCAGUCAUUACAAGAUCGCCUGUCUCAUGACUCUCUACACGUGUCAGGAUGGACAACCGUUGUUAUUGUUGCACUGCAAAGUUUAGUCUCUUCAAGAAGGAGCUCGGCUGUAAGAACUGCGGCCGCGCAUUCUGCUCCAGCUGUUUGACUUUCAGUGCUGUGGUGCCUCGAUGUGGAAACACCCAGCAGAAGGUCUGCAAGCAGUGCCAUGCUAAUCUGACAAGCGGAGGAUCUACUAACAGUACUGGCAAAUGGUCUCCUCCUGAGAAUUAUAAAAAACGGGUGGCUGCACUUGAAGCCAAACAGCAGGGACAGUCGUCAAAGCCUCUUGCACAUGGAAGCAACAGAAACAACAAAGAAAGCAUUGUACCCACCAGAGGCCUGAGCAGAGAAGACCAGGCUAUUGCUGAAAGACUUCAGAAGCUGAAAGAAGACACUAAGCCAAAGUCUAUCCCCACUGAGAAAGAGCUUGAGUCUCGCCUUGCUGCUCUGAAAGCUCCCAGCCAGCCAGUGCCUUCUUUGGGGGAGAUGGAGGACCGUCUGGCUGCUCUACAGGGUCAACCUGCACCAUCUCAAGCCCCUCCACCUGUGCACAAGCCUCCAGAUAACAGGACACAAACUGAGCAAGCCAAUGAUCUCUUAAAUCAGAUGUCUGCGGAAGUUGCCAUUGACAACCAGCAAUCAAAUCCUGAAUGCAACGUAGAUGGCCGUAUGAAUGAUCUCAACAAGGGCGAGGACGGAACAGUGACAGAGAAUUUAGAGGAGAACGAAGAGGCGGUCAAGCAGCUCGAGGCAGAGAAGUCCCGUCUGCUGGAGGAGGCCAUGGCGGAACUGAGGAACGAGCGCCACACCCAGGAUCAGAUCCUUGACAUGGCCAAGAGGCUGGCGCAUCUGAAGGGGCAGGACCCGGACAAAGUUACUAUGGAGGACUUUCAGCAUCCUGACAGUGAGGAGGAGACUGAGGAAGAAGCUGUGAGGAGAGUUUUAAAACAGCUUUCUGAAGAAGCUGCAUUGGAUGAGGCCAGUGGCUACAACAUACCUUUAGAACAAAGUGGACCGAAGAACACAGAGAAGAAGAAAACCUCAAAGAAAUCGAUCCACGCUCAAGCCACCAAGAGUCGGACUUCCUCAGCUGCUGUUGCACAUCAGCCUUCAGACAGUGACGAAGAAGAAGAGCUUCCCUGGUGCUGCAUCUGUAACCAAGAUGCCACCCUUCGCUGUCACACCUGUGAUGGAGAUCUGUACUGCAACCGCUGCUUCAGGGAAGGCCAUGAUAAAUAUGACAGGAUGGAGCAUCGCACCACAAACUACACUGCACCAAAGAAGAAGAGGAAGACAUGAUAGUGAGUGUGUGCUGAAGAAGUUUGCCUUACAAGACACCAGUCCAUUUGACCUGUUAGAUUUGUGCUUUAGACUUUAGAGACCUAUCAUAAGUGGUACAAAAAAAAAGACUCGGUAGAUUUAAAUACUACCUAUCAUCAUCAUCAUCAGAAGCAAGCAAGAUCCCUUCAUUUUGACACCCGCUUGCCUCAUUCAAUCAGUCUCGGUGGUUAAAACAUGCAUUUUGGAGACCGCACAAAGAGAAGCAUCUACUUACUAACAGAUAAAGCAACAGUGGGUUAUAUUUAUGGCACAGAAAAGCUUAGAAGUAGUCAUAACUUCAUUAAAAAGGUAAUUAAUACUUACAAUGUGAAAAAUAUAGCUAUGAUUUCUGUCUGUAAUGUGUAAGAUUUAAAGUCUUUCAGAGGCUGCUAGACAGUGUUGAUAUUCAGUACACUGCAUACUUAAGUUAAGAAGUUUUUUUUAUGUCACUUGUCCUACUUAGCAGAGGCAACAAAGGCUCAUCACAGACGCACAUUGCAUUUGUCACCAUUUGAAUUAAAAGAAAAGAAAAUCUUGACUACGCAUACUGCAAGCAGACGCAUCAUGUCCUCAUCUGGGAUGUUGUUCGAUCCCAGACUGCUGUCAGCUCUGAAGGAGUACAGAGGAGUCUGUAUAAAAGGAUUACUGAGGGCUUUGUUUUCUUUUGGCAGUCACUGCAGUCACUCUUGUAAUCUAUGUUUGGCUGUGAGUCUGACAUGAGUAUUGCCUUUCUUGUCCCUGUGUGUAAUGUCAUUAUAAAGGAUGCAGAAGUGUUAGGUGCUGUGUCACGUCUCUGAGGGAACGCUGCUUUGCUUUUUAAGUUAUAUUUUUAACACCGAAGCCUUUUUUUUCUUCUUUUUUUCUUACCACCUCUGCGUGGGCGACAGUCGUGGCUGGAGAUGUUCGGUUUUAGAGUCCUCAGUCCUUCCUUACCAAGAAUGCCUGGAAAGAUUAUUUUCAACUUUGCCACAGACUUCCACUCUGACCUAAAGAGGAUCUGACUUGAUUAAAAGUUGAUUUGAAAUAAUUUUACCAAAACCAAUAGUAGUACAUUUUUUAAAUAAUGAAGUGAAAGGUUAUAGAAAGGUUCCAAGCUGAACUUCACAGUGGCAUCAAAUUGUCCUGGAAUAACCCUUUUUCUCUCCUUCAUUCCUGUCCAAAUUGUGUGCUAGUAGUGAUGUCUCUAAAUCACCUAAUUUGCCACAAACAUCCUUUUGGACUUAUGGACAUUCCCACUGAUGAUAUAUCGUAUCAAAGCCCUAAGGGGAUUUGAUUGCAUUUUUUAAAUGUUUUUAUUUUUUUCAUCUGACUGAACAAAGCCAUCAUCAAUCUAUGAGUAGUGUAGCAUCUCCCCUCACGCUGCCCCCUCAUAUCGGUUUGUUCUUCUGUCUUGAGAAUGGUCUACUAAUGAUCACAUGCUCUGCAGAGAAACGGAGUGACCUUCUAUGGCGUUAUGUCACCUCUGUGAAUGAUUGUGGUACGACCCUUCCUGUUAAAAGUAGACACAUAUUUAUGCCAUUGCUUUGUUUAUAGGAUUGCGUAUUGUUUUUAAAGUAUUUUCACUACACAAAUGUAUCUCCCAUCCAGGCCUGUUACAUUCUCAUUCUGUGCGAUAUACUGUUGGAUAUAAACUGUGACUUGGCUGGCUGGCUGAGACAUACAAAGAGGCAGUAAUUAUUUUCUUUUUUUUUUAUCACUGAUAUCACUUGAAAAAAACAUCCCAUGCAGUAUUGACGGCCUCUCUGUCAGAAAAGCAAGAUCAUAAGUGGGGGCAAAACCAGUAAAUGACUAUAAUGGAUCCUGUAGCCAAAAGACCCUCUGUGUAUGACAGAGAGAAGGCCGGAGUGCUGUUUCAUCAGUGUGCAUUACUGUCAAGCUCAAGGAGAGGAAACCAUAAUUACACUCUCCUUUGGGGGCUUUGCUCCAUUAAGGUUUGCAUGGAGGCUGUUACUGUGUUUGCCUUUUUCUGGCCAUGUCAGACACGCACCACAGACAGGAAAUGGAUGAGGAGGGUAAUGGAUGCAUACUUAAUGGACUCUUCCUGCUGCUGAUUUCUCUGUGUUUACUCCUAGAGCUGACAUGUCAACAUCUCCUUUGUUUCCAUCAGUCUGCUGGAAAAUGUACGCCCGAAAAAACAAAAGCCAGUGUUCUGUAAAAGAUCUGCUGAGAGCCAUACUACUGUAAAGUCUUCAAGUUAUCUCUGAACAGUAGGACAUGCAUUAUUAUUCUUUAAAGGCUUUCAAGGCAAUGAGUGUUUUAAAGUAGUUAUAAAGGGAGAAUGUGGAUCACUUAAUUGGUACUGUAAAUUGAUUAGCAUAAUGGACAUGUCAAUAUUUAUUUGUAUCUGUUGAGUGAAUAAUAACUGAUGACACAGCACUAUUGGAUAACCACUAAGUUGGAAAUCAGAUGUGUCUUUUUUCCAUAAAGCAUCAACAGCCUUGUCUUGAAAAUGUCCCAUUUUAUUUUCAACAUACAACACUGUUAUCAGGACAAAAAAAAAAAGUCUUAUGUACAUAAAUAGACAACUGAAAAUGUACAGUUAUCCACACACAAAAAACAACAACAACGUCCAUCAGUACAGCUUUAUAUCAACAUGUGCAUUAUUGGAUUGUUUAUGGGAGAAAACAAAUGUAAUUGUAGUCCAUAAAUUAAAGUGAAAUAAUAAAAAUAAAUCCAUUCAAAACUUG